AUGUCGGGGUCUAUAUCUACCAAGGGGGCACUUGGUGCAUAUCUGAACUCGAGCAAGGGAGCUAUACGAACUGUAUCUGCUCUCCUCUCUGACGUCGUGCAAACGGUGGAAUCUAUCAAUCCAAAUCCACCACCAGAAAUUGGCAAACAUUUGAAGGAUCCUGACACUCUUGCAACUAUAGAUAAAGCAAUGGGCCCAGGCACACCAACCAUCAUUGCUAGUCCAACUGUCAACAUUGGUACAAUCUCCGGAGGAAUAAAAGUCAAUAUGAUACCCGAAAGAUGUAUCUUCGAGCUUGAUAUCCGCCUACCUGUUGGACUCAGGCAGAUGAUGUCUUGUCGAGAAUCAACUCUCUCAUACCACACUAUCCAGAGGUCGUAG